CCCGCGCGCAUGCCAUGGGCGCCGCAGGCUCCGCAGCCCCGCGCCCCGCCACGCCCCGCCACGCCGCGCUUGGUUAGGUUAGGCCGGGGGCCGCAUGGGGGGCUCCUCGCGAUGGAGCAGCUGACACAGUUCGUGUCCAAGAGCUUCCAGGAGCCGGGCGGCGUGGCGGCGGCGGCCGCAGCCGCGACCAGGUUCUGCUUGGACGUCGCCAUCCGGGAGCCGCUCGCCGAGGACCUGAGCGCGACGCCCCUCAUCGCCAGGAUGAUCCCCUCGCCGCCGACAUCGCCCUCCCUGUCGUCGGGGUGCUCCUCGCCGCUGGACCCGGUGACCGUGUCCUCCCCGGACCCCGCCAGCCCGGCCAGCCCGGCGCCCCGCAGCCCGCCGCGGCGCCGCUCCAGGAAGGGCUCGAGCUCCGGGUCGCCGCCGACGUCCCCGUCGUCACCUGACAAUGCCGCGGAUGCCCACGCCGCGGAGGACUCGCGCUCGUCAUGCGCCUCUAACGGCCGGGAUGACCUCCCAGACGUGAAAGAGGAGGAGCGGCACCCGGGAUCGCCGGCGUCGCCGCCGCCGCCGCCCAGGGAGCAGGACGGCGUCGCGGCCGCGGAGCCCGCGCCGCGCCCGCAGCCGGGGAGACUGACGCCGCACAAGCAGCUCCAGCCCGAAAGGCUCACGCCGCCCAAGCAGCUGCCCGGGAGCCUCACGCCCACCAAGCUCCAGCCGCCGCAGACACCGCCAUCGCCGCCGGCCUCCACCCUGCAGCAGCAGCAGCAGCAGCAUGGCAGCAAGCAGCGCCGCAGCCGCACCAACUUCACGCUGGAGCAGCUCAACGAGCUCGAGAGGCUGUUCGACGAGACGCACUACCCGGACGCCUUCAUGCGCGAGGAGCUCAGCCAGAGGCUGGGGCUGAGCGAGGCCAGGGUGCAGGUGUGGUUCCAGAACCGGAGGGCCAAGUGCAGGAAGCACGAAAGUCAGAUGCACAAAGGCGCGCUGGGGGGCAUGAUGCUGGGCACGCCGACGCACCCGCACACGCCCCCGCACCCGCACGGCGCGCACCCGCCGCACUCGGCCGCCGCGACGGCGCCCCUGGAGACGUGCCGCGUGGCGCCCUACCUGCCCAGCCUGCCCGCGCUGCCCGGCCUCCGCCUCACGACGACCAACUCCACGUCGUCGGCGGCGGUCUCGGCGGCCGCGUCGGCGGCCGCGGCGGCCUCCGCCGCAUCCGCGGCCUACGAGAGACUGUCCUUCCCGCCCUUCUCGGCCUUCGACCCCGCGCUGCUCGCGCACCAGUACGCGGCCGCGGCCGCCGCGCUGGGCUCCGGUCCGGGCGGCCUCUACCAGUACCCGCUGGGGCUGGCCAACGGCCUCGCCGCCCUGGCCGCCGUUCACCAGGACAGGCUGCAGUCCAAGAACUCGAGCAUCGCCGACCUCCGCCUCAAGGCCAAGAAGCACGCCGAGGCGCUCGGCCUCGGACGGGAGAAGGCCGUGUAGGCAACACUCCCGCGAGAAGCAGGCGGAAACGCGACAUCUCGCUCGGAAACGAGCGGUAGUAAACCCGGUGAAGUUGUGUGGUGUGGUGUGUGUCGUGGUUUCCAUCAGGUGAUCGUCCCGAGACAAUACUCACUGUAAAGUGGCAACGCGUGGUGACGAAACAGAGACACACUUGUCGCUCCAUUUUGUCCCAUGUGAGUGUACAGCUUUAUUGUUCUGUUGCUGUUUAGUGUGAUAUUAAUAUUGUUUAUUAAGGUAAUUACGUCUGUUAAGUUUUCUUUUGUUUUGUGAUACAAGUACUAUUAUCGAAAACUGAUGCUGGUUGAUAUUUGCGAACCGUUGGCACUGCAUCGUACCUACAGAAACUGUUGUCAUGCUAAUGUAGCCUAGCCGGCCGAGGUUCAAGGCAAAUAAGAACCUCUCCAUAUUCCAUUGUUCAUCAUACGGCCGAAUGUUGCAAAAAAUGUACUGUAAUAAUUCUUCUAUCGGAAAUAGAUUGGUCAUCUUACUACAUCACA